CCGUCAUUACUGGGGCUCUUUGGUGUAUCACAUUGUUCAAAAAUUGAACAAAAACAAGGAAAAAUGUGUAAUUUAGUGAUUUAUCUGUGAUAUUAGUGAAUAAAACUCGAACAGUUUGUCUGAGGGCCACACCUCGAUUCGGGAACUGGACUAAAAAUCCGCUAGAAGGUCAAAAUUUUCUAUGAUACCAUAGGCUAUGCUAUAGCUAAAUGGUAAUAUGGCCGCCUGAAAGAAGAACAAUAAUAAUAAUAAUUUAAUUUUAUGCCUUUCGUCGCUUAAAACUUACCAAUUUUCGUUCGAGACAUGGAACUCCGGGUGGGCAACAAGUACAGGCUGGGGCGGAAAAUCGGCUCUGGCUCUUUCGGGGACAUUUACUUGGGAACGAAUAUAUCCACUGGCGAGGAAGUGGCCAUCAAACUGGAAUGUAUCAAAACCAGACAUCCCCAGUUGCAUAUCGAGAGCAAGUUUUAUAGAAUGAUGCAGGGAGGAGUUGGAAUUCCUCAAAUGAAAUGGUGUGGCUCAGAGGGUGACUACAACGUAAUGGUAAUGGAACUGUUGGGUCCCUCACUGGAAGACUUAUUCAAUUUUUGCUCUCGUCGUUUCUCGCUCAAGACAGUCCUAUUACUCGCCGAUCAAUUGAUAUCCCGUACUGAUUUUAUUCAUUCAAGAAAUUUUAUUCAUAGAGACAUUAAGCCUGACAAUUUCCUGAUGGGCCUAGGGAAAAAGGGCAAUCUAGUUUACAUUAUAGAUUUCGGUUUAGCGAAAAAAUAUAGGGACGGGCGGACCCACCAGCACAUACCCUAUAAAGAAAAUAAAAAUCUUACAGGCACUGCAAGAUACGCUAGUAUAAACACCCAUUUAGGCAUAGAACAGUCUAGAAGAGACGAUCUCGAAUCCUUAGGCUACGUCUUAAUGUAUUUCAAUAGAGGCUCGCUGCCUUGGCAAGGUCUCAAAGCGGCCACCAAGAGGCAAAAAUACGAAAGAAUUUCCGAAAAGAAAAUCUCCACGCCCAUUGAGGAAUUGUGCAAAGGCUAUCCCGCCGAAUUUCCCACUUAUCUGACUUACUGUAAACAACUGAGGUUUGAAGAAAGACCAGAUUAUAGUUAUUUGAGGCAAUUGUUUAGGACGCUGUUCCAUAGGCAAGGUUUUACGUAUGAUUACGUAUUUGAUUGGAAUAUGCUUAAGUUUGGUGGAUCUCGAGGUGCUCAUUGUGGCGAAGAAAACACAGGAAGAUCAGGAGGCAGAUACGCACCUCAAGGAGCCACAGGGGGCGCCACUGCAGGUGAUACAGUUGGUGCUGCUGCCACUCAGCAGAGAGGUAGAAGAACGCACGAUAAUCCUGCCCCAAUUAUCUUAGAUGAUGUGGUUACUAGUAAUUCGCCUAGAAUGUAUGACAGCCACGAAAGAAGAGUGUCAAUGAGGCUCAGACAAGGAGCUCCUAAUGCAUCUACUUCCGAUCUGAGUACAUCAAAACAGGCCAAUGCUUCCGGAGUAGCGAUGGCACCACCAUCGUCUGUGCCAGGCGUACAAACGCAACAAGCUCCCAGAAGGGGCAGUUCGAGCAAAGAUCCACCCGGCGGACGUCUGAAGAAAUGAGAUUGGCUACUAGAUAGGGUCUGAAUCUGACAAGGUUUUAAUUGUUUCAGUCGGAUUUGUUUCUUGGCGACAAAUUAGGCUAUCAUCAGGACAGCAAGUGCAUAAUAAGUUAAUAGGUUAAAUUUUAAGUGCGCGAAUUACUUUUAGUCUAAUAUUACCAAUGCGUGGAAGCUAUUGGUGGUUUAUUAAAACGCUGUGGCGUGAGUAAACUUGCAUAGUAUUCCACGCCACUCAUAAGAUGUGAUGUAAUCCUUAAAUAUCUUUUUUUUUAGCAGUGGUGUUACACAUUGUGGUAGGUAGGAUAAGUUGUUGAGUUUAAAUAGGAAGCAGUGACCAUUCACAAAACUUGAUGGACGUUUUCUCAAUAAUGUUUGCUCAGAUUUGAGACCAACUAGGUGUAGGAUGUAGACAAUUUGAUUGCCAUUUUAUUUGGAUUGACUACAAGUUUCUCCUUCUUGCACUAAUAUUUGAGAUAAUAAUGUAUGUCAAAUUUCUAGCAAUUUUGUAAAUAGACACUGCUUCAUUGCUGUUUGUGAUUGAUUGGGUUUAUGAAAAAGUUACCUCUAUUUAUUGCAUUUUUCAUAGAGUCGCUGUUACAUGUUACUGAACAAAAAUGAGAAUUGAUCCUCGAUGAAUUUUUCAACAGGAUUUGAUAAUUCUUGACUUUUUACUUGUUAAUUUUUUUUUUAGCUUAGGUAACAAAUACCUGUUGUAUAUUUGAAAACAAAAAUUUAUUAUUGUGCAAUGAUUAAUAUGUGUAUCACCACUGUUGCCAAUUUAUUUUAAAUAAACUUUAAUUAGCAUAAUAAGUGAUAACGCAACGACGAUUUUACUAAAAACUAAUAGACCAUACACAAGACUGUAUGGUAUGAAAUGAGACCAGGGUUGGAUUUUUCAGUCCUGUCCUGGAUAUUGAUGUAGAUUCCAAAAAAAAAAAACAAAACACACGUGCGACCUUAUUUAGCAGCCCAAGACUAUAAAUUAUUAAUCAGUGGAAGAAAAAAAAAAUACAAUUGUACAUAUCUAGACUGAUUUUGUGUAUUUUGUGUAUAGAUCGUAAUUAAUAAUAAUAUUUUAGUUUUGUGAAGAAAUAAAAUUUUUAUAAAAAUAUUAAUGAAAACUAUGUAAGGUAGCUCUGAAUGUGUACCAAAUGGUUAUUUUUAUAAUUUGUUUUCACUUGGGUGGAUGGGGGCACUUUGGACUGCAUGGAUAGAAAAUACAUACUUACUUGGUUCUAUUGGUAAUUUGUGUGGAAAAUGCUUUUGUGAGCGCGUGUGAUGAAUCUGCUAUAAUAUGCGUUUAUAUUUACCAAUAGAACUAUGUGAAAUUAUUUUUUUUUUAGAAUUUAUUACAUGCUACACUCAGUUCCAUGAUCCUUAUUUUUGCUACAGCUUUUCAACAAAUAAUAAAUAACUUAUUUUGAGUUGACAAAGGAUGAAAUAGGCUACAAACAUAAAUAUGUCGAUUUGUUUAGAAAUGUAGCAAAGUUAUAGCAAAAAUUGGUUGUUUAUGGAUGGCAAUCAUAAUAGUUCCUAAUCUGUGCUUGAAAUAGAUAUACAGAAAUCUUCAAAGAUCAAUACCUACAUAAAUCAGAAUUGAUUUUUCUUCCUAUUUAAUUAGAUAUUAUUCCUAAUCCAUACAGUUCCAAGUGCCCGCUCUCGAUGUCUUUGAUCACAUUAAGUAUGUAAAAUUUAAUAUUUAACUAUAAUUCGGUAAAUUAUUAUUAUAUUUUCUUUUGUAGCAAGCAAAACAAACAAAAAAAUGUUAAAAGGGACAAGAU